AUGUCUACCUCGUCCGGCACCCCCGAGUCCUGGAUCUCCUCCUUCUGCUCGCUGCUCGGCCAUGAGUACUUUGCCGAGGUGUCGGAGGAGUUCAUCGAGGAUGACUUCAACCUCACCGGCCUGCAGUCCCAGGUCGCAAUGUACAAGGAGGCCCUAGAGAUGAUCCUCGAUGUCGAGCCUGAGGACGACGAUGAGGAGGAUGAAGAGGAAGAGGAGGAGGAGGACGAGUCCAUCGAGGGCGUAGACCGCAUGCGCGCCGGCGAGCGUAGGAACCACAGCCGUAUUGCCAGCGACCUCUCCGUCAUCGAGUCCUCGGCCGAGAUGCUCUACGGCCUGAUCCACCAGCGCUUCAUCUGCUCGCGCGCCGGUAUCCAGCAGAUGUCGGAGAAGUACGAGCUGGGCCAUUUUGGCGUAUGCCCUCGCAGCCACUGUGAGCAGGCUAGAACGUUGCCCGUCGGCCUAUCGGAUAUCCCAGGCGAAGACACCGUCAAGCUGUUCUGCCCUGCCUGCCUCGAUGUCUACGUGCCCCCCAACAGUCGCUUCCAGACCGUGGAUGGUGCUUUCUUCGGACGCACCUUUGGCGCUCUUUUCCUCCUCACCUUCCCCGAGUACGACCUGACCAAGCGAGGUGCCGAGGUGCUGGCCGGAGCCCGCGUUUCCGAGGAUGCCAAGGAUAUGCUGAACGGCAUGUACGCCUGCAACACCGCACCCGGCCUUGGCGGCAACAAGAUAUACCGGCCGCGCAUCUACGGUUUCCGUGUCUCGGAGGUCGCGCGGUCGGGCCCCCGCAUGCAGUGGCUCCGUGACAAGCCUCAGGAUAUAUCAGAGCUGGACGAGGCUCGACGCUAUGCCGAGGAGAACCCGGACAGUGAAGAUGACGAUGAUGCCAGCAUGAACCCCGGCGGUCGGCCCAUACGUAGGUUGCGUCCUAGAAGACGCAACGGUCAAGGCGGCAGCCCCAUGGCGGUCGAGACAAACGGUGCCGAGUCGGAGCUCUAG